AAAAGAUUUAUACAUUGAUCUCCAUUUUGCUUAUGUUCUAAAAACGAUGACAUUGGAAUGGAAGUGAUUGUGCAUUAUCGUCCUUCCAUUAAUCAAAAGGAAGUGAUACAAAAAAUUGCAGAUGCUGCAUUAGAACAAUUCCCUGUUCGAACUUUGCCAACAUUUUCUCCUUGGUUUCCGUGUAAUUCACCUAGCUUUGCCCUCAAACCUCAGAUAAACCCACCUUUAAUAUCACAGGAAGAUGCAAAGUACAUCAAUCCAUGCACUGUUAACACAGAGAAUGUCGGGAGGUGUAAAGGCUACGAUUGCACUAUGGAUCUAUUAGAAUUUAAACCAAGUACAAAGAAUGAAGGUGACCAGCACUCUAAGAAGAUCAUUAACUAUGAAAAUACAUUCAUUGAAGGACAGGCAGCAGAACCUGGUAAGACUAUGCUCAGAAGAUCCUGGAGUCUUUGUACUUCUAGAUGUAACUGGCCAGAAACCAUCAUUCCCCUUUCUGAGGAGCUGAAGAACCAUCUAAAUACACUGCUUCUAAAUCCAUUCCACAGAGGCUGGUGGAGCAUUGAGCCAUCGAUGUGUGGCGGUCUAAAUUUGGAAGAGGUUUGGAUGAAACUAAACCGUAUAAACAAACACCAUUAUCUUCCAAGCUGUAAUGCCACAUUGCGGAGGGAUCUACCUGAAAUCUGGGUUUUCUGUGACUUGCAGUACUGUGAACAUACUGGCACAUUCCUUAAAGAAAAAUUAAAACUUACUGGGAAAAUGAAGUUGUAUGUCCGUAAACAUGGAAUUAUAUUACAUUUGUAGCAUAACACUUAUGUAAACAUAUUUUGA